GCAGCGUCGAGCUUCUCUGCCACCUGAAGUCUCAGCACUGCAUCGGAAGGCUCUAACUGUGCAUGAGAAGUCCAACGAGUUCAACAAUGGUGCUUUUCGCUUGGGAUUUGUCUGGGGAAGCUCCUAAUCGUUGCGACCAUUCAUUGCCCAUGGUGUUCAUCCGGUUGCUUGUAGGGAUGCUGAUGAUUCAAGGGAACUUCUUCGUCCAUGCUCGUGACGAGCACCAGGUGUUUGUCCAAUUGCUCGUGAACGACCAUCCCUUACCCGCGCUAGGUUGUUGUUCCAAAGCUGGUCACAUCGAGGAGAGAUGGUGUGCCGUGGACAUGGAUCAGCGGAUUCGAGUUCGGAUCCAUCACGAACCCGACCCGAUAGGGCUCCCGCUUCUCUGCGCACGUUACCAUCGCCCGCCACGGAGAUUUUAACCGCGCCGGAGAUAGAAAAGCUUACGAUCCGAUCGGGAGAAAGUAAGAAAAUGACGAUAAAAAUGAAGCGAGUGAGAAGGAUUGCUUCCGGUCAAACCCCAUGGCGCCAACCCCCUCCCCGAACCCUAACCCUUACCCUAAUUAGCUUCCUUUGGCUAUUUGGCGCCUCGCAAGUCGAUGGAGCGGGGGUCUGGCGGGAACGACGUGGAGCUGCUGUGCAAGACGCUCCAGUUCGAGCACAAGCUGUUCUAUUUCGAUCUGAAGGAGAACCCGCGGGGGAGGUACCUCAAGAUCUCCGAGAAGACCUCCGCUACCAGAUCCACCAUCAUCGUCCCCGUCGGCGGCAUCGUUUGGUUCGUCGACCUGUUCAAUUACUACGUCAAUACCGACGAGUGCGACGCCUUCAGCAAGGAGCUGAAGCUCGACACCAAGGUGUUCUACUUUGACGUCGGUGAGAACAGAAGGGGGCGCUUUUUGAAGGUAUCUGAAGCAUCUGUCAGCAGAAACCGUAGCACGAUUAUUGUUCCUGCAGGAAGCUCUGGUGAAGAGGGAUGGACUGCAUUCAGGAAUAUUUUACAUGAGAUCAACGAAGAAGCGUCAAGGCUUUACAUUGUAUCCAAUCAGCAACAUAUGGAACCCUCCGAGCACCUUCCAGGGCUUUCAGAUGAUGUUGGUGCUGGAUUUAUCUCAGGUCACACUUCCCAACCCGUUUCAGGAUCAGACUUAAAUGUUGAUAGUUUGGUUGAACUGCAUCCUCAGGAUGAGAUCGGAAGCUUGAGGAUGUCAAAAGUAAUUAGAGCAGAUCAAAAGAGAUUCUUUUUUGAUUUGGGUAGCAAUAACAGGGGUCAUUACCUGAGGAUAUCUGAGGUGUCUGGAUCAGAUCGCUCAUCAAUAAUCCUUCCCUUGUCUGGCUUGAAACAUUUUCAUGACACGAUUGGUCAUUUUGUGGAGAUAACCAAGGAUAGACUUGGGGGAAUACCAGCUGUGAAUGUGCGAACAUUGGAGCCUGUUCAGAGAUGAUUAGGUGUGCAUGUGGUUGGUUUACUUUUACUUACUAGUUCUAUCUUUGCUAGCUGUUGUCUGAGUCUCUGUGUGGAGCACCGGUUACCGUGUGAUUUUUCUUUCUUCCAGUCCAAGGUGAUAAUUAUCACAUUUUGCUAUAUAAUGAAUCGGAAGUCAGAGAGUUUUUUGGCAAUCUUUGUAAUCAUGAAGGAACAGAGAAGUGAGACAUAAUAUGUCGUGACUUGCUCUUCUAGUGGUUAAACAUUUUGAAUGUGGAUUACUCUUGGGAUUUCA